GGCGUGUGCUCGACGAAAUGCCCGAGAGGAAUGUGGUUUCUUGGACGGCAAUGAUCUCGGGGUAUUCUAAGAGAGGGUACCGCACCAAAUACAUUUACUUUUGCAACUGUGCUUACCUCUUGCACGGGCGCUUUUGGGUUUGAUCAUGGAAGCCAAAUCCACUCUCUAAUAGUAAAGUGCCUAUUUGAAUCACAUAUAUAUGUUGGUAGCUCACUCCUUGACAUGUAUGCCAAAGCUGGUAAAAUCCAUGAAUCUCGAGGUGUUUUUGAAGGCUUGCCAGAAAGGGAUGUUGUUUCUUGCACUGCCAUAAUCUCGGGGUAUGCUCAACUAGGUCUUGAUGAAGAGGCAUUAGGGCUAUUCCGGAGGUUGCAGAGGGAAGGAAUGACUUAUAAUUAUGUUACUUAUGCCAGUGUUCUGACUGCAUUGUCUGGGCUUGCUGCAUUUGAACAUGGCAGGCAAGUUCACAACUAUGUUCUUCGGUAUGAAGUACCCUCCUAUGUGGUUCUUCAGAAUUCUCUAAUUGAUAUGUACUCAAAAUGUGGAAACCUCACUUACUCGAGAAGAAUCUUUGAUACCAUGUCUGAGAGAACUGUUAUUUCAUGGAAUGCAAUGCUCGUGGGGUACAGUAAACAUGGAAAGGGAAGAAAGGUCUUUGAACUUUUCGAGUUGAUGAAGGAAGAAAAUAAAGUUAGACCUGAUAGCAUCACUCUUUUGGCUGUAUUAUCUGGUUGCAGCCAUGGAGGAUUGGAGAAUAGAGGGCUGGAAAUUUUUGAUGAGAUGAUGGGCAGAAUUGAUGGGGUUGAACCAACAAUUGAGCAUUACGGAUGCAUUGUUGAUCUGCUUGGUCGUGCUGGCCAAGUGGAAAAAGCUUUGGAAUUUAUCAAACAGAUGCCUUUUGAACCAACUGUGGCCAUCUGGGGUUCGCUUUUAGGUGCUUGUAGGGUUCACUUGAAUGUUGAUAUUGGGGAAUUUGUAGGUACUCAGCUUUUAGAAAUAGAGCCUGAGAAUGCAGGGAACUACGUGAUUCUUUCUAAUUUAUAUGCAGCUGCGGGGAAAUGGGAGGAUGUGCAAAGGAUAAGGGAGAUGAUGAAGGAGAAGGCUGUAAUAAAGGAGCCAGGAAGGAGCUGGACUGAGCUUGAUCAAACCCUUCAUACAUUUUAUGCAAGUGAUCGAACACAUCCAAGAAAGGAAGAGGUAUUUGGAAAGGUAAGAGACUUGUCAGCAAGGUUCAAGGAAGCUGGUUAUGUCCCUGAUUUGAGUUGUGUUUUAUAUGAUUUGGACGAGGAGCAGAAGGAAAGAAUUCUCCUUGGCCACAGUGAAAAACUUGCUUUAGCUUUCGGGUUGAUUAAUACUCCUGAAGGAAAGCCUAUCCGUGUCAUGAAAAACCUCCGCAUCUGUAUUGAUUGUCAUAAUUUUGCCAAGUUUGUUUCAAUGGUUUAUGAAAGAGAAGUAUCUUUAAGGGACAAAAGUCGAUUUCACCAUAUUAUCAGGGGUGUCUGUUCAUGUGGAGACUACUGGUGAGUUUUGAAGAUUCUUUGAGGGGUAAUUCUGGAUGCCAUUUUCUAAGAUGCAAAAAAUCUCCUAUGCAUCUGAGAGUGAUCUAUCACAUUCAUGAAAGGAAGAGGUGUUUGUAAAGGUAAGAGAAAUAUCAGUCGGGAUCAAGGAAGCUGGUCAUCGUCCUGAUUUGAGUUUUGUCUCGUAACAAUGUUAAUGAGAUUAGAAAAAGAUUCUCCUCUAAGGACAACAUUGAAAGAUCAGGUUUGGCCUUUGGGGUUUGGUACUCCUGAAGGAAAGUCUGUUCUUCGUGAAAAACUUGGCAUCAUUGUGGUCACUAUAAUUUGGCCAAGUGUCACAUAUUUAGAAGAGAAGUAUCUCCAAGGUAUAAAACAAUGUGCAUUGUUUUUUGUUUAUGCUCAUGGAUGUAGUUUUGUACUUCCAUUUAUAAACGAUAUGAUGA